AUGGACCACGAAUUGGAACGCCAAUCCAACUCAUCUAGAAGACCAAGUUUAACGCCUUCCCUCAGCCGGACGCGAAGCAAAUCCGUCUCCCAAGGCGUUCAAUCUUCUCCCGCAAUUCCUCAGACCGCAACGAUCCCCGAAUUGAAUUCGGAUCAUCCCACGCCUCUCGAGCAGUCCGAGUUGGCCAAACAAGGCUUGGAGGAUGCCGAGACGCCUCCAGCCAAAUUCGAGACAUCCGACGAUGAGUACUACGCGGAAGAGAACCAGACCAUCGCCGAUCUAGCUCUCACCUUGAGCCGGAGGCCGACCUUCAACAAUGUCCCUAGCAACCCUUUUGAAGCCGAGAAGGAUUCUGCCCUGGACCCGCACUCGCCGAACUUCCGCGCGAGAGAAUGGGUCAAGAGUAUGAUCAAGCUCAACCGCGAUGACGGCCGAACUCCUCUGCGUACCGGCGGCUUUGCCUUCCGCAACUUUGGAGCUCACGGCUUCGGAAAUGCCACCGACUAUCAAAAAGAUGUUGGUAACAUCUGGCUGGAGACCGUUGGCCUCACGAAGAAGGUCCUCGGUCUCAGCAAGCCACGCCGGAUUGAUAUCCUGCGUGACUUCGAAGGUGUCGUUGAGAGUGGAGAGAUGCUGGUCGUUCUAGGCCCUCCUGGAUCUGGCUGCUCGACUUUCCUCAAGGCACUCACCGGAGAGACACACGGCUUCAAUGUCAACGACGAGUCUUACGUCAACUACCAAGGCAUUCCCACCAAGAAAAUGCACAAAUACUUCCGAGGUGAAGCUAUCUACACAGCCGAAGUUGAUGUGCACUUCCCUAUGAUGACUGUUGGCGAUACCCUGGACUUCGCUGCUCGCGCAAGAGCUCCUCGGAUGAUUCCCAAUGGUUACAGCAAGCAGGAGUGGUCCACUCACCUUCGCGAUGUCAUCAUGGCGACUUUUGGCAUCAGCCAUACCAUCAAUACUCGCGUGGGUAAUGACUACGUCCGAGGUGUCUCUGGUGGUGAGCGCAAGCGUGUGACCAUCGCCGAAGCUGCGCUGAGCGGUGCAGUCAUCCAAGCUUGGGACAAUUCCACUCGUGGUCUAGAUUCUGCCAACGCCAUUGAGUUCUGUAAAUCCGUUCGCCUCAGCACCGAACUUCAGGGCUGUGCCGCCAUGGUCGCCAUCUACCAAGCCCCACAGGCGGCUUUCGACCAAUUUGACAAGGCGAUUGUCUUGUAUGAAGGUCGUCAAAUCUACUUCGGUACCACUACGCACGCACGCAGGUAUUUCGAGAACCUUGGCUUCGUCUGCCCUGAUCGACAGACCACUGCCGAUUUCUUGACUUCCAUGACAUCUUCUCAAGAGCGUGUGGUCAAGGAGGGUUUCGAAAAUCGUGUUCCUCGUACUCCUGAUGAAUUUGCUCAGGCUUGGAAAGAAAGCAAAGAGCGCGAGCACCUCCUCAAGCAGAUCGAUGCUUAUGACAAGCGUUUCCCAUUCGAGGGUCAGGCAUACCAAGACUUCGUCGAGAGCCGAAAAGCUCAAAAGUCGAAACAACAACGUCUCAAGUCUCCUUACACCCUCUCCUACCCACAACAGGUCCAACUUUGUCUCUGGCGUGGCUUCAAGCGUCUGCGCGCCGACCCUUCCUUGACCUUCAGCCAGCUCUUCGGUAAUUUCGCCAUGGCACUCGUCAUAGGAUCAGUGUUCUACAAUCUGGAAGUAUCUACAAGUUCCUUCUACCAACGCGCCGCUGUCCUAUUCUUCGCCAUCUUGAUGAACGCUUUCGGCUCCGCUUUGGAAAUCCUCACACUCUACGCUCAACGCCCAAUCGUCGAGAAGCAAGAUCGUUAUGCUCUGUACCACCCUAGUGCUGAGGCAUUUGCAUCGAUGCUGACGGACUUGCCGUAUAAAGUAUUGAACGCCAUCGUGUUCAACCUUACCGUCUACUUCAUGGCCAACCUUCGUCGGGAACCCGGUGCCUUCUUCUUCUUCGUCUUUAUCAGCUUCAUCUUGACCUUGACUAUGAGCAUGAUGUUCCGGACCAUCGCUUCGGUUUCAAGGACCCUCUCACAGGCUAUGGCUCCCGCUGCAAUCAUUAUCUUGGCUAUUGUCAUAUUUACUGGUUUCGCAAUUCCUGUCAACUACAUGCUCGGCUGGUGUCGAUGGAUCAAUUAUAUCGACCCCGUUGCAUACGGGUUUGAAGCACUCAUGAUCAAUGAGUUUUCAGGACGCAACUACGUUUGCAGUGAUCGUGUACCAGUCUACGGUAACCUUCAAGAUCAGACUCAAGUGUGCUCUGCUGUUGGAUCAUCUCCAGGAUUGCCCUAUGUUGAAGGCGCGAAUUACAUCAUGUCCGCCUACCAGUACCAGCCAAUCAACAAGUGGCGCAACGUGGGAAUCAUCUUUGCAUUCAUGAUCGGACUCAUGUUCUGCUACCUUGCUGCCACCGAGCUCGUCAGUGCUCAAAAGUCCAAGGGCGAAGUUCUCGUUUUCCGCAUGGGCCACACUCCCGCUUCGCUCAAGGAGAAGAGGUCUGACGAGGAGACUGCUGAUGCUGGUGAUGGCGCUGCUCUGGGAAAGAAAGAAACUCACACUGAGGCUACUGACAUCAUUCAGAAGCAGACAGCGAUCUUCAGCUGGAAAGACGUCUGCUACGAUAUCAAAAUCAAGAGCGAAGAACGUCGUAUUCUCGACCACGUUGAUGGCUGGGUCAAGCCUGGUACUCUCACUGCUUUGAUGGGUGUAUCCGGUGCCGGCAAGACGACUCUUCUCGAUGUUCUCGCCACUCGUGUCACGAUGGGUGUCAUCACUGGCGAUAUGCUGGUCGAUGGCCGCCAACGUGACUCGUCAUUCCAGCGCAAGACCGGAUACGUUCAACAGCAGGAUCUUCAUCUCCAGACCACUACCGUUCGUGAAGCUCUCAACUUCAGCGCACUUCUCCGUCAGCCAAAGCAUGUCUCUCGCAAGGAGAAACUCGAAUAUGUCGACGAAGUCAUCCGACUUUUGGAUAUGGAAGAAUACGCAGAUGCCGUGGUCGGUGUUCCUGGUGAAGGUCUCAACGUUGAACAGCGCAAGCGUUUGACCAUCGGUGUCGAACUUGCUGCCAAACCGGAGCUGCUUCUCUUCUUGGAUGAGCCCACUUCAGGUCUUGACUCUCAGACUUCCUGGGCUAUUUGCGACUUGAUGGAAAAGCUCAAGAACUCCGGACAAGCUAUUCUCUGCACCAUCCACCAGCCUUCAGCCAUGUUGUUCCAGCGUUUCGAUCGACUCCUGUUCCUCGCCAAGGGUGGCCGUACCGUCUACUUUGGCGAGAUUGGAGAAAAUUCUCACGUUCUGUCCUCUUAUUUCGAACGCAACGGCAGCCAUGCUUGCCCCAAUGAUGCCAACCCUGCCGAAUGGAUGUUGGAAGUCAUUGGAGCCGCACCGGGAACCUCCACCGACAAAGACUGGCACCAAAUCUGGCGCGACAGUCCCGAAUACCAAGACGUUCACAAAGAACUCGAACGCCUCAAGCAAGAGCGUCCUGAAAAAACCGAGCCCUCGGCUAGCCCCAACGACAAGGAGAGUUACCGCGAAUUUGCCGCGCCGUUUGGUACUCAGCUGUGGGAGGUCACGAUCCGAGUCUUCCAACAAUACUGGCGCACACCCUCGUACAUCUACUCGAAAUUCGCUCUCUGUCUGCUCUCGUCCCUCUUCAUCGGCUUCAUCUUCUACAAAUCCCCGCUUACGCACCAGGGAUUGCAGAACCAGAUGUUGUCCAUCUUCAUGACCUUCACGAUCUUCGGUCAGCUGGUCCAACAGAUCAUGCCGCACUUCGUCACCCAACGAUCCCUCUACGAAGUCCGCGAGCGUCCCUCUAAGACUUACUCCUGGAAGGCUUUCAUGAUCUCCAACAUCGUUGUCGAACUGCCCUGGAACAGCCUGAUGGCCGUCAUCAUGUUCUUCUGCUACUACUACCCCGUCGGCCUGUACAACAACGCCAUCCCCAGCGGCGCCAUCGCCGAGCGCGGAGCACUGUUCUUCCUCUUCAUGUGGCAAUUCCUGCUCUUCACCUCAACCUUCACCAACAUGGUCAUCGCAGGCAUCGACACCGCCGAAAACGGUGGAAAUAUCGCCAACCUGAUGUUCACCCUUACCCUCAUCUUCUGCGGUGUCCUCGCCACCGCGCAAUCCCUCCCGGGCUUCUGGAUCUUCAUGUACCGCCUCAGCCCCUUCACCUACUUCGUCGGCGGCUUCCUCGCCACCGGCCUGGCCAACACCAAGACCUACUGCGCCGACAACGAAUUCGUCUCCUUCCGCCCCGCCAACGGCGCCACCUGUCGCGACUACAUGCAGCCGUACAUGUCCGUCGCGGGCGGAUACCUUCAGGAUCCGAACAACACCGACAUGUGCUCCUACUGCACUUAUGACGACACGAAUGUUUUCCUGGCGCAGUUGGGUAUCUCGUAUGGUGACCGCUGGAGGAACUUUGGCAUCAUUUGGGCGUACAUUAUUUUCAACGUCUUCGCCGCCGUGGCGUUGUAUUGGCUUGUGAGGAUGCCGAAAGGCGGGAAGAAGAAGGACGAGGCGGAUAAGAAGGAGGAGAAGAAGAACAAGGGAGAGAAAGAUGUGGAGAAUAAUUGA